GAAGCUCUUCCUUUUCCUACCCUUGAGGUAACCUAAAUCCAAGACACACAGUGAAAUAGUAUCCGCUAUGCACACAUAAACCGACCAAAUAAAUACCCAUUUCUGAAUUGGAACCCCUUCUGCUAAUUACUGCUCCAACAUUUACCCUCUUCUCACUCUGUUGAAGCUUCUGCACAUUCAUUAGCUUGGCUCGUCUCGUCUCCUCUUCAUCGUGCUUUCUUGAUUUCUAAUAGUAUUUGUGAUUUAUCAGAUAUUGACGAGACAGAUCUCAGGUCUCUACUGUGCUUCCGUUGUAUUAAUAUAUGGGCUGAAGUGUGCUUUUCAUGGAAGGUGUAGAGGAUGAUGAGCCACCGUCAAAACGUGUGAAAGUAUCCUCUGGAGAAUCAGGAGGUCUUUCCAAUGGUGUAUCUUAUAGGGAGCAAUGUAGUUGCUCAUUGAGUGAGACAAUGGCUCGGCCAUUAGCAUCUCAAGAGGAUGAUGAGGUUGUUGGUUCAAACGGUAUCAUUAAGAAAGUUGAACUUGUUCGGAUUAUAGCUGAAGCGUUGUAUUCUCUUGGCUAUUCCAAGAUGGGAGCUCAUCUGGAGGAAGAGUCUGGAAUCCUGUUGCACUCUCCUGCAGUAGAUUUGUUUAUGCAUCAAAUUCUUGAAGGUCAAUGGGAUGAAAGUGUUUCAAUGUUACAUGAAAUUGGGCUAGGAGAUGAAACAAUAAUUACGUCAGCAUCUUUUGUAAUAUUGGAGCAGAAAUUUCUCGAACUUUUGGAUAGAAAAAAAAUUAUUGAUGCUUUGAAGACUCUGAGGACCGAGAUUGCUCCACUUUGUAUAAAUGAUGAGAGAACACGAGAGCUGUCUUUCUACAUUUUGUCUUCCUCACAAAAUUUACUCGAUGGAACUUCUAGUAAAGGGUUGAGAAUCAGAUCUCGUAAACAAUUACUGGAGGAAUUGCAUAAGUUGAUUCCGCCAACAGUAAUGAUUCCUGAAAGAAGAUUGGUGCAUCUUGUUGAACAUGCUCUUGACUUGCAAAAGGAUGCUUGUAGGUUUCACAAUUCAUCAGUUGGGAAAAUGUCAUUGCUCACAGAUCAUCAGUGUGGAAGAGACCAUAUUCCUUCCCAGACAUUGCAGGUAUUACGGGAACACAGUGAUGAAGUCUGGUUCUUGCAAUUUUCUCACAAUGGGAAAUACUUGGCCUCAUCAGCUGGUGAUUGUCUUGUGAUUAUAUGGGAGGUUAAGGUUGACGGUCGAGUUGCUUUGAAACAUAAAUUAUCUGGCCACCAGAGACCUGUCUCUUAUAUUUCAUGGAGCGCUGAUGAUGAUCAACUUCUUACAUGUGGAGUGGAGGAGACAGUUAGACGAUGGGACAUUUCCUCUGGUGAAUGCCUCCAUAUAUAUGAAAAAACUGGUCUUGGUCUGGUCUCUUGUGCAUGGGCUCCAGAUGGAAAGAGUAUAUUUUCUGGUGUUACUGACAAAAGUAUCAGCAUGUGGGAUCUGGAAGGGAACGAGUUAGAAUGUUGGGAAGGGCAGAGGACUACUAGGAUUGCGGACUUGGGUAUCAGUACUGAUGGGAAAGAGCUUGUAACUGUUUGUAAAGAGACUACGAUACUGUUGUUUGGAUGGGAAACAGUAUCUGAGAAAUUCAUCAGAGAGGACCAAUUCAUAACUUCAUUUGCAUUGUCUGCAGACAGCAAGUUUUUGCUUGUUAGCCUGUUCAAUGAAGAACUUCAUCUUUGGAAUAUAGAUGGCUGCAUCAGGCUGAUAGCUAAAUACAAAGGUCACAAGCGUUCUCGUUUUGUUGUGAGGUCUUGUUUUGGUGGAUUAGAACAAGCAUUCAUUGCUAGUGGAAGUGAGGACUCACAGGUUCAUAUAUGGCACAAAGUCUCAGGAGAGCUCAUUUUAACAUUAGCUGGACAUUCUGGGGCCGUGAACUGUGUUAGCUGGAAUCCUGCAAACCCCCAUAUGCUGGCUUCGGCAAGUGAUGAUCGAACUAUACGCAUUUGGGGACUAAAUCAGGAUAAUAUGAACUGCAGUGGGAGGCAUAGUAAUGGCAUCCAUUGUGUAAUGGGAGAACUUGAAGUUGGAAGGAAAUGAACUAUUCCUUCAAACAUUGUAUUUCUUAACCAUAGCUCUGAUGUAAAUUCUUUUACUUAAAUGUCGAUCCAUUAUUUAUACGAACAAGAAUAUGAAGUCGCAUUCACUAUAAUGGCAGCAUCUCUACUUGUUUUUCAAUUA